AAAUGGGUGAGGAAGUAGUGGGUGAUCACAUGGGUGUGGUUGGUUAACCGUUUCUCCACUAGCCUUGCACACAAGUGACACACAGAGGAGAGCGCUGUGGAUGAUGAAGCUGCGGAUACAUCUCUGGACUCGGGCACCUCGCAGGAUGGAUACAAAGAUGCCUUUGGUUUACUUGAGCAUUUUCCUGUUUAUGAUGUUAAGAGUGUCAAGGGCCCAAACACCUGCAACUGCACCCACACCAACAGAUGCAAAGCAGGCUGAAUCGACAUUUACAGUAAACACUGGAGAAGCAGUGGAAAAGAGAACAACUAGAGAUAUUAACAGCUCCCUGGAAACUAUACCUGAAAAACCCACAAACCAGCAAGCAAACGUCUCCCUCAGUGUUACCACAUCACGAAUAGAGACUUCAGCAGCUUCAAGUACAAAAGCAACAAGUCAACCAAAGCUCACAUCAACUUCAGCACCUGCAGUGAAAACCAACCCUUCUGCACCCGAGAAAACCAUCGAGUGGAAGUCAGAGUGGGACAAAGAUUUCACCUAUGAUUAUAAGUCCCUGAGUUAUGCUGGACUGGUCAUUGCAGCAGUGCUGUUCGUCUUUGGCAUAUUGGUCAUUACCUGUGGAAAGUUCAAUCGGCUGCCCAAAUGCCGCAAGAGGUCAACAAAGUCAUACCGGGUAGCCCAAGGAUAAGGAGAGAGCACGUAUGAAUCCAGUAACCAAAGAAAACAGCUGCAA